AUGAGUGGUAACGAAUUACAAUCGUUAAAAGAGAUGCUCGAAUACAAUUCCAAACAUUUGUCCCCGACAGUUGUUGUCAAGAUCAUUCUAGAUAUUGCAAUAGCAAUCAAGUCCUUGCAUUCAAAUAUGAUAGUCCACGGCAACAUUGGGACUCAUGCCAUUCUCCUUAUUACAUCUCACAAGGAGCAGCAGGCAACAGCACUAUUAAGCGAAUUUUCGCAUAUGCACAGAUUACAAUUAUUCACGGGCAGUAAACAGAAUGAAACAAUCUCACAGUUAAUGUGUAAGGACAUUAAUGGGUUGGUCUCCUUGACUGAAGCUCUUUCUCUGUACUGCCAAAUCGAUAAAAAUCGGCCAUUGAAUGAUAGUGAAGUAGCAUCGCAAGGCGAUGUUAAUUACGACGACUGGGAGUUAGCUCUAGAAUCGCUUGAUCUAGGAUUAGUACCUAAUUUAGCCUUAAGCUAUAUUUGUGAGUAA